GCUUGGUUGGUUGGCAGACAGACAGACAGGCGGGCGGGUGAGCGGCUCUACUGUUUUGCUUAACCGCAGGAAGUGUAUGAGCUGCUGGGCUGGGUGCUGAGCUGGCUUGGGUGUUUUCAACAGAAACAUGGCGGACUUGGAGUUUGCGCCGCUCAGGCAAUGGGAUGACUUCUUCCCAGGUACUGACAGGUUUGCGAAACCUGACUUUGGCGACUUGGCCAAGUGGAACAACCGCGUUGUAAGCAACCUGCUGUACUAUCAGACCAACUACCUCGUGGCGAGUCUCGUCGUCUUCCUGGCUGUCGGGUUUCUGAACCCUCUGGGGAUGAUACUGGGAUGUGUGUUGGUGACCGUCGUGUUCAUUGGAUCUGUCAGGGCCGGAGAGAACAAAGAGAUCAUCAAGAACUUCAAGAAGAACAACCCCACCAUCUUUGUUGUACUCGUUUUAGUUGCCAGUUACUUUCUCAUCUCAGUAUUUGGGGAUGUGAUGGUCUUCAUUUUUGGAAUAACGUUCCCCCUACUCUUAAUCUUAAUCCAUGCCUCUCUAAGACUCCGUAGCAUGAAGAAUAAAAUGGAGAACAAAAUGGAGGGCGUCGGUCUGAAGAAGACGCCGAUGGGAGUUAUUCUUGACUCUCUGGGGCAACAAGAAGAGAACAUCAACAAAAUUGCAGAUUUCAUUUCCAGCAAAGUCAAGGAAUAACAAGUGCCGGCUUUUGGUAAGCUGACGCUUCGGUGGCGGCGAGCAGAAGGCCGGUGAUAUUGAUGACAUCCCAGCACUCAGUUGGAUAAGCGAGUUCUGAGUGGAACCCUGGCUUUAAAAACAAACAAAAAAAAAAAAGAGCGCCCGACUUCCUGUAUGUGAUUUAUUUUCUUUAUGUUUAAGUGCUUAAGGUAUUCUUGUUGGAUGUACCGGCGGGGUAUUCUUUAGAUCUGGAUUUAAAUUUUGUUGCGAAAAUAUUUAUUUAAAGCUUUUUUUUUUUUUUUGUAACAGAAAACCAAAUGAAAGUGAUAUUCAAAAUAUUAAAAGUAAAUUAAUAAAAUGACCCUUAAGCCAUAAAAGGUGAAAAAAGCUUAUCAGCAAAGUAUUUGCAUGCAUUUGCUGAGUACCACCAAAAAAUACCCUUAUUUUCUUUUUUUUUUUUAAUAAAAGGUAAUUAUCCCCCGGCCUUAACAGAAUUUCGCUUCCAGAAAUAUCAGGAAUGUUCUGCUAACACACACCAUGUAUUGUCUUUACGCUAUUGAAAUAUAUAAAUGGAAUAACAAGUGAACGCAGGAUAUACAGUAAAUAUAUACCCGUAUGUGUAUAUAUGUGUGUCUAUAUUCUGUAAAGAAAAUGUCAAAUAAAUCUGCUUCAGACUUUUGAA